GGCACCGGCUCGCUGCCGUCUCUCUCGUCAUGGACGGGAAGCGGUACGUGCACGACGUGGUCGUCAGCGCGUCGUUAGGACCGUUUAUGGCCCUCCGCGCUGGCCAGGACGUGCUCGAGAACGCCAAACGCCGCACCGCUCGCACUGGCAAGGCUGGCGGAAGCAAGGACGGAGGGGCCAUGAAGCGCAUCUACUACAUCGACGGCAUGACCAUCGAAGAGGCGAAGACGUGGACGAAAGACGGGUUGCACUGCAUGACGCCGAUCCGCCCGGACGACGAGCUGAGCCGCUUGUUCUCCGACAUGAGCUUCGAGCACGCGCAGUACGUGUCACCGGACGGCAGCGAACACGGCCUGGCCUUUGGCCGCCGGGAGAAGAGCAGCUUCUUCCUGCGCCACGGCGCACCGACCGGCCGCCGCCUCAUCAUGUCCAGCGUGCACGCGCUGGAUGCGGACGGCUGCCGCGAUGCGGUGCGCCACGUGGAGGAGACGCACCGGGCGGUGCGGGACGCCGCUCGGCCCAUCGAAACCCGCCUGAACUGCGACAGCCACCCGCGGCUCAGGUACUACCACAAGAUCUUCCUGCGCGCCCUGUCGGCCGCCAUGCAAAACGUGUUCGUGGCGCAGGGGCUGGCGAGCGGCCGCCGUUUCGACGAAUCGCCCGAGGCGCUGGACGCAUUCUGCCUCGCUCAGUUCGAGUCCCUACUGGAGGACCUGGUGGACCUUCUGGAGAAAGCGCCGCGCGAGAACACGCGGCGGGUCGGCCCCGGCGUGCCCUGGAUCGGCGAGGACUACCAGCUGAUCAUUCGCCGCACCCAGCUGACGCACGACAUGCUGCGGGAUGACGAGGAGCGGGACGACUAGGGGGAGGUCGGUCUACGGUCCGGCGGAGGGCCCUGCCUCAGCGCGAGCUUGGCCGGGUCACGGUGGUGGUCGACAUCACGUCACGUCUCGCCACGUCACGUCACGGGUCGGGUCGACAUCCCGUCAGAUGUGUCUACGAUCAAACCGUUUGAACAGCGUGCUGCGAACGGACCGACUGCCCGUGACCGCUACUGACAGCCUGAUCAUCAACACCAGAGCUGACCAAGCGGCCGUCGUAAGCAUAUGAAAUCUGAAUGCGUUGAAUACUGUGAGCUAUUGGCCGCUCCCCAGAGCUGUCUGACAGUCCGGAGCGCCUUGCGGCGGUGCUGAAAUGAUGCGUGCUGUCUGCCGACUUGUUCCGCUCACUGGAAGGUAUACAGGAUGUCGGUUCCCAUCGUUCGGCGCUUCGGCCAUGUUUUAUGCUGUUGCAUACUUCUUUUAUGGACUGACGUAACACCAUUUAAUGUCAUGCGUACCGUGCAUAUUUUACAUACGAUACUGCUGUAUCCCACAAUACACCGUUGUAA